GUCGCACGUGAUUAGUGCAUAUAUUCUAUUUCAAUGCCCCUAAAAUACUUCAAUGCCCCUGCUUAUAUGCCCUCACCUUGGCGCCCAAUUCCAUCCGUCUCUGAUCAGUGUCUAAUCAGCCACCGAGCCUCCAUAAAUACAGUCCUAUUUGGCGGAGAAUCGUCUAUCAGAUAAUCCAUGUCAAGUUUACCAUUGCAAUGGCCAUAGCCACCCAACGUGUUUUCGAAAUUCCCGAACUCCUCGAGCUCAUUCUCCUCCCGCUCUCAUUCCAUUCCCUCCUCUCUGCGCAGCUCAUCUCACGCUGCUUCUGGCUUACAAUUCGCUCUUCGCCUACUCUACAACGCACCCUCUAUUUUCGCGCAGAACCCAAGACCGCAUCGGGGGCUUGGGCGGCAAACCAGGUCCUCGUUGAGCGAUUCCGCCCAUGGUUCACCGAUCCAAGCAUCAACAAGCACGUGUCCAGUCGGUACAAAUUUGUUCACUUGUCGUGGCUCGGAUUCGCACAUCGCCGCGAGCCACUACUGCGAAAAGGAGCGAGUUGGCGGCACAUGCUGCCUAUGCAACCACCCCCUACGAAACUAACCAUCCUCCGGUCGCACUUCUCGCGCUUUAGUGAUCCCCAGUACGUCCUGCCUGGCGAGAAGCCUCGCUGGCGCGCGGAGAUCGAGCGCGAGGGCGGGAUAACCAUGGGCCUGCUCUACGAUAUCGUUGAGGGUUUUUUCGCGCUUCUGCCGGCGCACCACUUCGAGGCGGAAUUUGGAGUGCGGUGGUUGCUUGAUGAAGCUUACGACGGUGCGGGCAGAAUUGAAGUGGAGUUGUACUGUAAGCACCGCGAUGGCUUUGACCCUGAAGAUUUUCCAGAAGAUUUUCAGUACAGAAGUCGAGCGGAUGGGAUGAGGUAUGGGGACUUGGACUGGAAAGUUUGCGAUGUGGAAGCUGGCACGGACUAAUCUAUGCUCGCGUCCGUGGGAGUGGGAGUGUACCUACAUAGGUAACUUGAAGCCUGCCGGAACGAGUAUCUUUGCUUAAGGAGGACGAAUGUUGCUUUCAUUCAUUUGACGACUGAUGGCAUUCUACAGGCUUUCGAGGUUCAUGAGCCAACAUUCUAGGCAAAUGUUAUCAACAC